AAUUCCAACCAAACCAAUCGUCUUCUUCCUCUUACAGUCAAUUAUUCUUCUUAUUUAGAGUUGGAAGAAUGAUGAAGAACUCAAGAAUAGCACUGUUGCUGGUGCUACUGUGUGCCAUUUCCAACAUUUCCUCAGCCUUAAUUGAUGGAUUGUUAAAGAAUGGAAACUUCGAAAUGCCCCCGUCGAAAGCGGAUCUAAACGGCACGGUGGUUCUAAAGCACAACGCCAUACCAGAAUGGUCAAUCUCCGGGUUCGUAGAGUACAUAAAAGCGGGCCAAAAACAAGGUGACAUGCUACUAGUCGUGCCCGAGGGCUAUGCUGCGGUUCGUUUAGGAAACGAAGCGUCCAUCAAGCAAGUACUGAACGUUACAAAGGGAAUGUACUAUUCCUUAACGUUCAGUGCUGCUAGAACUUGUGCUCAAGAGGAACGGAUUAAUGUAUCCGUUACGCCUGAUUUUGGAGUGCUGCCAAUCCAGACAUUGUAUAGUAGCAGUGGUUGGGACUCAUAUGCUUGGGCAUUUCAAGCUGAACUUAGCAAAGUUGAGAUCUUGCUUCAUAAUCCCGGUGUUGAGGAAGAUCCUGCUUGUGGUCCUCUCAUCGAUUCUAUCGCCAUUCGCAGUUUAUAUCCUCCCCGGGCCACUAAUCAGAAUUUAUUGAAAAAUGGAGACUUUGAAGAGGGUCCGUACAUAUUCCCAAACACAAGCUGGGGAGUGCUCAUACCACCAAACAUUGAAGAUGACCAUUCCCCUUUGCCAGCAUGGAUGGUUGAGUCCCUAAAGGCAGUGAAAUACUUAGAUUCUGACCAUUUCUCAGUGCCACAGGGCAAGAGAGCCGUAGAGCUUGUUGCUGGUAAAGAAAGUGCCAUUGCCCAAGUUGCAAGAACCACAAUUGGCAAGAUGUAUCAACUUACUUUCAAAGUUGGAGAUGCUAGCAACUCUUGUGAAGGCUCCAUGAUUGUUGAGGCCUUUGCUGGAAGGGACACACUUAAAGUACCUUAUGAGUCUAAGGGGAAAGGCGGAUAUAAACGUGCUGUUCUUCAUUUCAAGGCCACUGCUAGCCGGACUCGGAUCAUGUUCCUUAGCACGUACUACCACACCAGGAGCGAUGAUUUCGUUUCCCUCUGUGGCCCUGUCGUCGAUGAUGUGAAGCUCUUGAGUGUCAGGAACCAUCGUCGAUUCCUCUGAGGCGUGUGUUUUGAUGAAAUACGGAGAGUUAUGGUAUGAGUAAUUUUGGUUGUAAUGAAGCAAAGAAGAAUGUGGGAGUUCUAUUUUAUCUUUACUUUGGCUUGUUUACUACUACUCGUAUUUAUUAUCAUAUGUGUACUAUACUAAUGUCUAAUGAAAGGCAAAGAAGUAUAUAUAUAUUCUGAUUGGUGUUGAGUGGUUUAUGUAUCACAUCUUGUGUUGGA